AUGUUACUCUGCCAUGAACAUUGGGUUCAGCACAUGACUGACACUGGACACUUUGUUCUGUCCCCCGAACUAGAUUUCCAUGCUACCAGAAUACAGCCGGCAUCAGAGAUAUUGGCCAAGUCAAGGGAGAAGGAGGAGAUUGGCGAGCCAAACCCAGUCGCAGACUUGGUCUUGGAGACUCUGCAACAAGCGCCCGCAUUGCGAUACAAAGGUUGGAACAGAGUGAAAGAUACCCUCUCCAACAUCCCGCCAUCAAAACGAACAACGGAGCUUGUAGGCCUUCUAUGCUCUGCGCUUCAGGGAGAGAUGGUUUAUUGGCAGCGGCUUCAAAAGAUUGAGCAGUCCAUUUCCUUGGCGUCCCUGAGAUCACUGAGCACUACAGCGGCCAUAUUCCCUGUCAUGGUCCUGACCGGACUAGAAGUCAAGCCAGACGAGACUGGGACAAAUGUUACCACAGGGUUUCCUGAGAUAGAGGAGGAUUACUUGGCGUUGGAUGACAUACUCGUCCAACUGCAAAGGCUGGAAACAUUUGAUCCUGAUGAUCAGGCAAACCAGAUGGGAGUGCAGAGAUUCAGGGAAGUUUUAGGUCGCCUGAUGGCACGGGUUCGCCCGGGGGAAUUGUUUGCUGCUAUGGCUGGGCACCUCGCCCAGCUUGUGAGAGAUGCAGCUCCCGACGACAACUUUGACUUUAAUGAUCCUGAUCAAGUCCUAGCCGACUGCGCCGUGUACCUCUGA